AUGAGUGUUCUUUUCCGGUCCAUUCAAUUCAGCUGCUGUCGCCAGAGCCGGGGCAGGUUCACCAAAGGCGCCAGUCGACUGAGCGGGAUGCCAUCUGCAGCAGCCCCGUCCUCCAUCACUCCGAUUGCGCGUGAAGCUGGAGGAAACACGGGUGUUCCCAGGUGCGCCUCAAUGUGCAUGUCUGUUGCGUUGCAAGACUGGGGUGGGGUACGUCAAGCUGGAACCUGGGAUUUGGCAUGUGUCGCCUUGAUGCUCCGCAGGGGGCUGCAAGCUGAGGUCUUGCUUCCGUUUGUGACUUUGGCUGCACCGGGAGCUUUCCGCUCCUGCCCCAAUUUGCCGAGUGGUUUUGCAGGACCCUGUCCCCUUGCCCCCUAUUGCCAUCUCCAGCAGAAUCAGCAGACUACGGCUGCGCAUGGCAACCUGCAGCAGUUGAUCCGGAAGCCGACCACGUCGCAGCACCUGCACCUGAAAGUACCAACUGCCUCAUGCGGUGCAUGCAGCGUCUCUGUGUCGGAGCUCUUGAUCGAUGUGUGA